AUGAAAGUAGUAUAUUUAUUAUAUUAUUUGAUCGUUCAAACAACGAUUAGUUAUGGUUCUAAUGAUUAUUUGGGUUGUUUUAUUGAUCAAAUUGGUAGUCGAGAUUUGAAUAUAUUUAUUGGUGAUUAUGAACAAUUAACACCAAAACAAUGUAUUCUUAUAUGUCAUGAACAAAAUUUUUCCUAUGCAGCUAUACAAUAUGGUAGUGAAUGUCGUUGUGAUGAUCAAUAUGGAAAAUAUGGUCAAGUAUCAGAUGAUGAAUGUGAUCAUUUUUGUUUAACAUCAGAAAAAUGUGGUGGGAAUAAACGAAAUAGUGUUUAUAAUGUGAUUAAUUCAUUAGAUGAAUAUAAAACAGCCUCUACUUGUCAGAAUAAUUUAAUUGGUUAUCAAGGAUGUUUUAAUAGUGAAGUAUUGAACAUUAAAAUGGAUGAUGUUAAUUCACUUAAAGAAUGUAUUAAACAAUGUUCUGUGAAAUAUAAUUAUGCAGGAAUUAUGGAUGGUAAUUUAUGUUAUUGUGGAGAUGAAUUAAAUACGGCAUCAUUAAAUUCAAUUCUAUGCAAUAGACAAUGUAGUCAAAGUUCAAACGAUAUGAAUACAGAUUGUUGUGGUGGUCCCAAUACAUUUAGUGUUUAUAAUAUGAAGAAUUAUCAAUUAUCUGUCAUGAACGAUCAGUUUGAUACAAUUAUACGAGCGGAAAAUGACACCUCUCAUACAACAUAUACUAGUUCAAUAGCAACGACUGAAACUUUAACUUCAUUACAUACUGUAACAGUACCUACAAGCUCUUCAUUACAUUCGCAAAUUACAAGUAGUUCAAGUACAAAUAUUAAUCAAACAGCUUUAUUCACUACUACUAUUACUACUAGUAUGAAUAACACAUCCAAUUCAGGAUAUUCAUCAACAAAUAUUCUUGAAACUCUAUUAACCUCUUCUCAUAUAAGCACAAGCACUGCUUCAACAUUGUUAGUAAGCAAUACAAUUGCUACUAGCACUAAUUCAAUACAUAUUUCACAAUCUUCUACUAACUCUGGAUCGAAAACUGAUAUUUCUUCAACAUUCCAUACAGAUACAUCGUAUCAAACAAGUACUGACAUUAUUUCAAGUCAAACAUCUUCACAUAUAAACACUAUAACUUCCACUAAUCCUACCAAUUCCAUGUCACUUAGUAGUUCAAUAACAUUAACUUCCAUACAUACCGAUACUACUCAACAUAUUACUCCAUCUCAUAACUCUGAAAUCAGUUCAACUGGUUCAACACCCUUAUUUCCAACAUCAAUAAUUUCAAUGGUAUCAUCAUCUUCUGUUUCCUCGAAUAGUAUAACAUCUAAUAAUCUAUCCAUUUUUUCAACAAUGAUCACUACAGAAUCUCAAAGAACUUCACCUAUAAUAUCAACAUAUUCUAGUCAAAUCACAACGACUGUUGUAACUGAACUAAAAAGUUCAGAACAAUCGAUUGUGAAUACUUUAUUUCCCUCCACUAAUACACUUCCGAGUAGUUCUACAAAUGUAAACACACAAACAACAAUGACUUCUUUUUCUACAGGCAUAACAAAUACAACUACUUCUACUAUCCAAACAACAACAGCAACGACAGUAGCAUUACCAUAUGUAAUAUCUACAGUUUUUAUGGUACCAGUAAGUCAAACAUUUAAUCCAAAUGAUAUUAAUACUCGCGAAUCAAUUCGUCAAAAAUUUGUUCAAAUCAUUAAUUUCGCUUUUUAUUGUGCAUCGCAUCCAUCUUCUUCUAAUUGUACACAAACUAGAAUACGUAUGAAACGUCAAUCAUGUUCAGAUGGUUAUGAUGUUAAUCUUGUUUCAAAUAUAACUCAAAUUUCAAAUAAUAGUGUACCAAGACGAUAUCAAACGAAUUAUACUGUACUUGAUUCAUGCAAUUCAAAUCAAUUAGUUCCACCUAUUCAAGUUAAAGCAGCUACAGAUACAUUAUCACGAACACAAAUUAGUAAUAUACUUGGUUUUGACUAUGAUGGUGAUUUAAUCAAAAGUACGAGUAUUGACAAUCCAACAAAUCCAACGUCCGAUAAAAAAUUAUGGAUUAUUGGUGCUGUUCUUGGACCAGUUGCUUUUACUCUAUUACUUAUCUUUAUAUUUUGUUAUCUUCAUUAUAAAUGUCGACCAAGACAAACAAAUCGACCAUUAGGAAAACCUCUUCAUAAUGUGCCAUUAUCAGCUCGAUCAACGAAUAAUGCAACGAUAUCAAACGGUGUAAUAAAUCCGAAGGCAUCAACUGAAAAAAAUAUUCAUUCAUUAACUCAAAAUAAUCCAUUAGUUGGUGCUAAUACAUCUUUCCAUCGUUUAACAUCUGCUGAAUCUGACGACAGUCUAACUCAUCUUCCACAAUAUCCAAUAUCGAAUGAUAUACCAAUGAAUGAAAUACGUCAUCAAAAUGAUGCUGAACGUUGGCGAAAUAAACUUCGUUUAGACGAAAAAUUUCAAGUAAAUUAA